AUGGCCGCCACCUCCUUCAAGGUCCCAACAAAGGCCAUCUUGACCCCCGACCAGCUCGUCGCGUUCCAGCAGUCGGCCACCCACAGCGACAUCGUCGCCCACAUCCAGGUCCUCAAUGACGCAGUGGCGGGCGUCAAGCUCGGCGACCAAUGCACGGAAUCCGCGGGCAUACAACCCAUCCUCCGCGUCCUCGAUCGCGUCGAGGACAUCGCUCGCCAGGUCCCGCCUGUCAGCAACUCUGCCUCCAGGUUCGGCAACCCCGCCUUCAAGACCUUCUACGACCGAGUGCAAGACAUCGCCCCUUCUCUCCACGAGUCCCUGCCCGGCCUUCCCACGCAGGCCAUUCCCGAGCUGUCCGUCUACUUCCAGGAAGCCUGGGGCAACCGCACCCGCAUCGACUACGGCAGCGGCAUGGAGCUCAACUUCCUCUGUUGGCUGAUCUGUCUCGAGCGCCUUGGCGUGGUGAAGGAGAGCGACCACGUUGCGCUCGUCGUGAGGGUCUUCUGGCGAUACGUGCAGGUCAUGCGGACGCUGCAGUCCACGUACUGGCUCGAGCCCGCGGGCUCGCACGGCGUCUGGGGCCUCGACGACUACCAUUUCCUGCCGUUUCUGUUCGGCUCAGCGCAGCUUCGCGGGCACAAGUAUCUGAGGCCGAAAUCUAUUCACGACCCCGAGGUCGUGGACGAGUACGCGAAGGACUACAUGUAUCUCGCGUGCAUCCAGUUCAUAAAUUCGGUGAAGACCGCGUCGCUACGCUGGCACUCGCCCAUGCUCGACGAUAUCUCCGCCGUCAAGACGUGGGACAAGGUCAACGCGGGCAUGGUCAAGAUGUAUCUCGCGGAAGUGCUCGGCAAGCUCCCGGUGAUGCAGCACUUCCUCUUCGGCUCCCUCCUCGCGUACGAUGGCCCCAUCAUAGCGGUGAGUGCGGACGCGGACGCGGACGACGCGCACCGCGGCCACGCGCACGCGCACCCACACGGAGAUUUGGGCGGGGCGAGGCAGCGGGAGGUCGGGUGGGGGGAUUGUUGCGGGAUCCCGGUGCCGUCUGUGUUUGCGGCGGCGGCGGCGGAGGCGGGGAGGUUGGCGGGGCCUGGGAUUCGACCUGUUCCGUUUGAUUGAGUGUGUGUUUACAUCGCGUAUAACAACCAUCUGUACGAGUCGAGUGGCGUC